GCAAAGUUCUCUGAAGUGCGCUGGGCCAGACCCCCAGUUCCUUCCAACCAGUAGAUUGAAGGGGCCCGUUUGUGCAUGAGUGUUUUGAGAUGCCAUUGAAAUUCUUACAAAAACUGAAAGUGAAAUGAGGAAGGCCGAUUGAGCAAUCAGAUAGAAGGGCGAAUGCCAGGAAGACCUAUCCUUGCAGUAGGGACAGAGAUGCAGCCCGGCAGGGAGAGGAGAACUCAGGAGAACUCUCCUGAGGGCGAGCGCCGGGCGGCCGGGCCGUGUAGUCAGUGUAGGGCACCAGCAAACGCAGAUAACAGGAAAUGAUCCAUUCUCUGUGGUCACUUAUGCUGAAGGUCCGAACCUGCAAAGUUCAAGGAGGGAAAUGGAUGAGUCCAGAGGGGAGCCAGCACGCCUUCCUCCUUGCCUUAAGAGAAGAGAAGAAAUGAAACUGGAGGAGACAGUCUCCAUCCUCCCCCAGAAGGAAAGCCCCUCUGGCUGCUUCUCCAGAGAUGGGAAGCUGCUGGCCAUGACCCUGCUGCUGGCCCUGCUGUCCUGCUGCCUCACGGUGCUGUCUUUCUGCUGGGUGGUCUCCCUGCAGGAGGAGCUGGGGCGCCUCCGGGCUGAACUGCGGGACCAGCGGUGGGGGGAGCUGCCAGCCCCACUCCAGGCAGGAGCUGCGGUCCCCAGGGCCACCCCGCGGGAGGCUCCCCUCACCACCUCUGCCCUGAAAGCGAUCCUGGCCCCACCAGCUCCGGGAGAGAACAACUCCAGUCGGAGCGGCAGGGAUAAACGUGCUGCCCAGGAUGCAGAAGAAACAGUUACUCAAGAUUGCUUGCAGCUAAUUGCAGACAGUGACACGCCUACUAUACGAAAAGGAAUUUACCUUCUGAUGAGGGGAAAACAGAAAAACAAUGAACAAGUAAAAUGGAGAAUAAUAAAAUUCAGUGGUACGGAGGAAAAUAAAACAGGAGCUUACACAUUUGUUCCAUGGCUUCUCAGCUUUAAGAGAGGAAGAGCCCUUGAAGAAAAAGAAAAUAAAAUAUUGGUCAAAGAAACAGGUUACUUCUUCAUAUAUGGUCAGGUUUUAUACACCGAUAACACCUUUGCCAUGGGACACCUAAUACAGAGGAAAAAAGUCCACGUCUUUGGGGACGAAUUGAGUCUGGUGACUUUGUUCCGAUGUAUUCAAAACAUGCCUGAAACACUACCCAAUAAUUCCUGUUAUUCAGCUGGCAUUGCCAAGCUGGAGGAAGGGGACGAACUCCAACUGGCGAUACCGCGCGAAGAUGCUAAAAUCUCGCGGGAGGGAGACGGCACGUUUUUCGGUGCGCUGAAACUUCUGUGACCUACGGAAACCUUGUCUGUGGCUGCUUGCCCCCCUUGCUCUGCACCUCUACAGAGAAAACUCUUAACUGGAAAUGCCAAAAGGAGAAAAAAAAAAAGUGGUUAUUACCAUACCCUCUUCUGUGAGCUGUUUGUUUUGGUUUUCUGAAACUAGACCCAAACAGGAAAUUUAACAGACAACCGCAGCCAUCGGGUGUCAUGUGAAUUACAAGAAAUAGAGCCCAUUUAAGGAAAAAUAGAAUUAGAACGACUCCCCCCCCCCCCCCCAAUGCCAUGUUGAACAACUUAGUCAUAGCUUCUGGGCUCAUAGGAAGCACAGAUUCAAAGGGGCCAUGAUCGCAUCUUCUAAACGCUAUUCCACUGCUUGUUGAGGAAAAGCACCACGCCUGUAGGACAUGAAGACAUGGGGGGGGGGGGGGAAUCCCGGGAUUCUCUCUGUUUUUAUGUUAAACACCAAUUCUCCUUUUUUCAGUUAAUACCGAGAAAAACCAAAAAGAAAAAAGUAUAUAGAAAUCUCGCACUCCAUACAUGAAAAAGUAACAGUUUACAUGUAAAUAUCAUAUUAAACAGUUGGACUCAAAAUAGGAUCUAGGUACCAUGUAAGUCUUUUAGGUUUAUUUCAAGUUUGCAAUUUUUAGCUCUAAUAUUAUAUAUUCCUUGAUGGAACACUCCCAGACAUUUUUCACAGGAGGGAAAUAAUUCUCUCAUGUGUCUACAUUCAUGUCUUUUUUUUUUUUCUAGCUAAUUUCAGUUACUUCAGAAACUUUUAAUGUAGGGUGAUUCCACUUCAUGCAUAUAAGCAUUUAUUGGAAAAAAUAACAAUUGUUAUAAUUGUUCUUACGUAAAAAUCAAAUCUGCAAUAGAAGUUAAUAAAUACAUUUGUAAUAAUGUAAUUUCCUUUUGUUGCCUCUCCUGUUUUAAACUGCUGCUAUAAUAGUUCACAUAGCACGGCCUCUAAAAAAUACUCCUAUUAUUAGCUUUACAGGAGUUGGAGUUUAGUUAAAGUUCUUGGCAUCCUGAGUAUGUUCUAUACCAUGUGCUUGUUAUAAAAAUUACUCCGUCAGAAGACAUCAUCCUAACCUUCAUUUUAUGAAGACUCGUGUUUGAGAAUCCUCUAACACUUACCCUUUAUGGCACCAAUUGCCCUUGCACACCUCUUUUUUGUGUCUCAUCAGUCUCAAGAGUUUAUUUCAUUAAACAGUUGACUUUGCUAGUUUAAAUAGCAGGUGGGAGAGCAGACCUGGUCUGCUCCAGCUUUCCCCAGGUCACAGUGAAAUAUUUUAAAGGGACUAUUUUCAAAACCAAGAGAAUUAUUUGUAUUUUGCAUCUCAGAUUACACUUUCUUAAUCAUUCUGAUUUCUGUGAUACUGGCUUUUGGGUUAAAGUCAAGUCCAUUCUUCAGUUUAUUUUGUUUUACAAUAUUAUAAUAAAUAAAGGAGUGGUAGGUGGGGUCGGAGUUUCAGUACUAGAAGGAAGUUAGAGAUUUUCUUCUGGUUGCUGCUAACAGAUUGCCAAAUAAAAAUGUCAGUGCCUUUUGCCUCA